AUGGAACGUUGGCAAAAUCGUGUAGCUGUUGUAACCGGCGCCAGUUCGGGUAUUGGUGCUGCCUGUGCCAAAAUUAUUUUGGCUGCUGGUGUCAAAGUUGUUGGUUUGGCCCGCCGUGCCGAACGUAUGGAAGAGUUGAAAAAAUCCCUUCCCGUCGAACAGCAGCAACGUUUCUUCUACAAGAAAUGUGAUGUCUCACAGGAGGAAGAUGUCAAAUCGGCUUUCCAAUGGAUCGAUGAGCAGUUGGGUGGUACUGAUAUUUUGGUCAACAAUGCCGGUACCAUUCGUGAGGGUAACCUGGUCGAUAUGCCCAUGAAGGAUAUCAAGGAUGUGGUCAACACGAAUUUCAUGGGUGCCAUUUAUUGUACCCAAGGCGCCUUCCGCAGCAUGAAGGCACGCAAUGUGGCUGGCCACUUGAUUUUCAUCAACAGUACUGCCGGUUUGGCAGGUUAUAAUCCUGGACCAGAUUAUCCCAGCUUGAAUGUGUACACUCCCACAAAAUUCGCUUUGAAUGCCAUCAAUGAGAUAUGCCGUCAGGAGUUGAUUACCCUGAAAACGAAAGUUAAGACCACAAACAUCAGCCCCGGUUGGGUAUCCACCGAAAUUGUCCCCGACGAAACCAAGGAAAUGUUGGGAGAUGUUAUUCUCCAGGCUGAUGAUGUUGCCCGUGCCGUUAUCUAUGCCUUGUCCAGUGGACCCCAUUGCCAAGUUCAAGAGAUUACUUUGAGAGCGGUUGGUGAAUGGUAUUAAAGAAAGUUUCACAAAAACCCGAA